AUGGUCGCAGAUACUGCAUAUUACGAUACUUUGGGGGUGCCGCCCACGGCCACUGAGCUUGAAAUCAAAAAGGCCUACCGGAAAUUGGCCAUCACAACUCACCCAGACAAGAACCCCGGUGACGAGACUGCUCACGAGAGAUUCCAAGCGAUCGGCGAAGCGUACCAAGUGCUGAGCAAUGAAGAUUUGCGGAAACAAUAUGAUAAAUUCGGAAAGGAGCAGGCGAUACCCGGGGGUGGAUUCGAGGACCCGGCCGAAUUCUUCAGCAUGAUUUUUGGAGGCGAUGCCUUCGUCGAUUUGAUAGGGGAAAUAUCACUUAUGAAGGAUUUAACGCGUACAAUGGAUAUUACAAUGGAGGAGAUGGAAGAAGACGAGUUAGUUUCUUCAGCAGAAGAGAAAUUAAAGAUAAAUGAAGAGAAAGAAAAGGCUGCACACGCGCAACCGUCAGAAGGAUCCAGCACCACCCCCCCACCGCCCCCAUAUGUUUCGUCCGAUGACAAGGGAAAGGAAGCCAUUUCCCCUGCAGCUUCAGGAAGGCAAACGGAAACCGGGUCGGGUACCAGCACUCCUCGACGCGUUUGGGGCCAACAGGCCAUCAUGGAUAAGUCUGAAGAAGAUGCCAGGAUGGAUGCUGCCGGUCUAACUCCGGAAGAGAAAGAACUCCGAAAGAAAGAGAAGAAAAAGGGUGGUCUUACAAAGGAACAGAGAGAACGGUUGGCGGCGUUUGAGGCUGAGAGGAAAAAGCAAAGAGAAGAGCGUGUGGACACCCUCGCAAGAAAAUUGGUAGACCGUUUGAGUAUAUGGACGGAAACAGACAAGGGCUCGGAUGUUACGAUUGCGUUUCAGGAAAAGACGCGGCUAGAAGUCGAAAAUCUCAAAAUGGAGUCGUUUGGCUUGGAAAUCCUCCACGCCAUCGGCACAACCUAUAUCCAAAAAGCCACUUCCUUCCUGAAAUCGCAAAAGUUCCUGGGUAUUUCGGGCUUCUUCUCACGACUAAAGGACAAAGGCACCCUGGCGAAAGAAACAUGGACAACCAUAUCCACCGCCCUCGACGCACAGAUGACCAUGGAAGAAAUGGCUAAACUGGAGGAGAAAGGAGGUGAAGACUGGACUGAUGAGAAGAGGGCAGAAUACGAGAAGAAAGUCACAGGCAAGAUAUUGGCAGCAGCCUGGCGUGGCAGCAAAUUUGAGAUCCAAAGUGUCCUCCGCGAUGUUUGCGAGCAAAUAUUGAACGACAAGGGCGUGAAGCUGGAGAAACGAAUUGAGCGUGCUCACGCCCUCGUUAUUUGCGGGAAAAUCUUUCAGCAGGCUGAGCGUGACCCCGACGAAGAGGGUGACUACAUGGCAUUCGAACAAUUAAUGGCAGAAGGCAUGUCGAAGAAGGAAAAGAAGAAAGAAACCAAGAAGGGGAAGUCCGAAGCGACCGAAGUGAAUCCAUCGUAG